GUUGUUGUCCACGUUGUAGUCGUAUAUAUGCAANAAUACAACGAUAUGACUNGAUUAUCGUUGGUGGUGGACCUGCUGGUUGUUUUGCUGCUGUUCAGUUAUGUGAAGCAACGUAUCCAACAGUGCCUCGUAUAUNGANAGNAGAAAGAGCUCCUCGAAUUCUUGAAAAAGUUCGAAUCAGUGGCGGUGGUAGAUGCAACGUUACUAAUGGGGAAUGGGAUCCUAAAGUGUUUGCUCAACACUAUCCAAGAGGUGGGAAGGAAUNGANAGGUCCACNAACUCGUUUUGGGUCCUUGCAAANGAAAGAAUGGUNGAAACAAAACGGUGNGAAGUNGAAAACGGAAAAGGACGGACGAGUAUUUCCAGUUUCCAACGAUAGUCAAACUAUUAUCCAAUGUAUUCAACGAGCAUUGCUUUUAUACAACGUGGAAAUUCGUGUACAAUAUCCAANAGCGAAUANAGAAAGAAAUGAGAAUGGACUUUUUCUUGUUCAUGGAAAGGAAUUGUUAUCAAGUCAAUAUCUUUUGGUUAGUACGGGUUCCCAUAGAGCGACUUAUCGUUGGCUUUCUUCUUGGGGACAUACCAUUCACUCACCUUGUCCAAGUUUAUUUACUUUUUGUAUCGAUGAUGUUCGUUUACAAGGAUUAUCAGGAACAACGGUGCAAGAUGUUGGUUNGAAGANAAUGGGAAUCGAUGGUCGUCGUUCAUCAUCGUUACCAAAAAGUAGCUUUAUUCAACGUGGACCUUUGUNGAUCACUCAUUGGGGUUUAUCGGGUCCUGCUGUGUNGAGAUUAUCUGCUUGGAAUGCUCGAGAACUUGCUGCUGUUCAUUAUGAAGCACAAUUAUCGAUUGAUUGGUUACCUGAUAUCCAUGUCGAACAAGUCAAUUCUAUUCUCAUGGAAAAGAAGCUUUAUUGGAAAACAAAACAAGUCACUACUGUUUGUCCAUUUAGAGAUAAAGACGGAAGACUUUCUAAAAACUUGUGGCGAAAUAUUGUUGUUCAAACGCUUAAUAAUGAAGCAUAUUUAUGGAAAGACCUUUCCAAAGCUCAACUUGAUGCUUUGUCAAAUGCUUNAAAAUCAAGUCUUUUCGAGAUUCAAGGAAAAGGUAUCUUUAAAGAGGAAUUUGNAACUUGUGGUGGAGUAUGUAGAAAACAAGUUCAUUUUGAUAGUAUGGAAAGUAAAUGUGUGCCUCAACUAUACUUUGCUGGAGAGGUUUNAGAUAUCGAUGGAUNGACAGGAGGUUUCAAUUUACAAGCAGCAUGGACAACUGGCUAUUUAUGUGGUCGUAGUAUUGCAAAGAGACUGCAAGUCAUCCCAUUUUCAACGUUACAAGGAGAUGGUUCUCUAUNAGCAACUAUUGUACGAGAUGAAGAAGAUGAAUGUCCAUAAAGUGGAUAGAAAAGUUGUAUCAAACCAUAAUAAAGAAGAAUAGCAUUUG